AUGUCGGAAGGUCGGUUUUUCUGUGAAGUAUAAGGAAAUGUUGUUUUAUUCAGCAGUACCUUCAAAAAAUUCGGAAAAGAAGGCCAAGGUCUUCAAUUUGGAAGAAAUGCUCGCUCAAACACGCAUGGUUUGUCUUUUCCGCAACGUUAAAAUUAUUCGAUCUGUUUAUUUAGAACAUUUCAAGGAAAAAUGAAGAGAAGGCCUACGAUGAAAUGUCAAAAAGUAGCACAUCUUUAGCAGAAUCUCAGCCGUCAACCAGCUCAUCAGCAAUCGCAUCAGGUGAAGAAAACGACGACAGUGACGGUAUGAAACAUUUAGUCAAAUUCAGGAAGUAUAAUAUUGAAUUCAGACGACUUCUUGCCGAUGCUCCCGCCUGGUUUCAAGACAGAUAAAAGCGUCAUUGAUGAAGACGCAAAUGUUGACGAAGAUGGAUCGGACAGCGAUUUUGAUGAAGGAGAGGCGAUUUCUAUCACAAGGUUGAUUCCAGCUUCAUGUGAAGCUGUCAUAAAUCACGGGAAAAUGACGGUAAAACCAUUAUUGGAAAGAAAAUGAAAGCUUUCUUAAAUUUGAGGUGACUGCGUUACGAGCUGAACCGGCUGGUGUUCGAUUUGCAUCCGGCGGCCUUGAUUACUACGUGAAAUAUUUCGACUUUCAAAAGAUGGACAUGUCUAUGAAGGCGGAUCGCGAGCUUCUACCUGCGGAAAGGUUCAAAAAUACCUAAUUUUGCUUUUUUGUGUAAUAAAGAAGUUUUCAGUCACGUAAUUCACGCCAUGGCUUUUUCUGCGAACGGAGAGACAUUGGCGGUGGCUAGUGGAGAAUGUAUCAUCAGAUUGUUGGAUCGGGCAGGGAAGCAAUGGGCCGAAACAGUCAGAGGUGGAUCUUGCUGGGAUUUUAAAGGAGAAAAGAAGAGGCAUACUAGAAAUUUGGAAGGGAGAUUUAAAACUUAUACAUCUUCAAAUUAAAAAAAGGAGUUUUUAAUAGAAUGUGCUACAGAAUUACUAAUCCUAUGAGCUUUUUUUUGUCUUUCCUUUGAACCUCGAACAGAGAUUGGUGGAAGCAAAAAAUACUUUUCGCAUUUCUCAUUCUUUGAUAUGGCUUCACAAAAAAAUGAACUUUGAGUUUUUUUGUACAGUCCAAACAAUUGUUUUUCACCCGCUGAAAGACGAGAAACAUCAUUUGAAAAGAAAAAAAGUGCAUAAUUUUUUUAUCUUUAUAAUCAAAAAAAACGAUUUAUGUGAAAAAUCCCUUAAUGGAUUCGCGGUUCACAAUUUGAAAAUUUAGUUUCUUCAAUCUCUGCCCUCGAACCUCUAGAUAGCUUUUUUCGAAUAGAAAAUAUCGCUAUAACGCCCAGUUCAUUGUAAAUAAACAAGAAAUCUCCCAGGCGAUCAAUAUCUCGUGGAUCUGAACAACACGAAAGGCCACACUGCGGCGGUAAAUUGCUUGGAAUUCAAUCCGAUCGACAAAAACGAGUUCAUUUCUUGCAGUGACGAUGGGUUCGUUUUAAUUGUUAUCCGAGUUCUCAUAAUUCUAUUCCAGAACCCUCCGCUUGUGGACUCUCAAAGACUACAAAGAGCUUACAAAGUGUAUAAAUAAGCACUACAAGGUGACUCUCGCCCUAUUUUGAUUAUUUUUAUUUCGGUUUUCAGGUGAUAAAAACGAAAGGAGCCAACGGGAAGCGGGUGAGCCCGCAGGUCUGCGCCUAUUCUCCCGACGCGAAGUGGAUCGCCGCCGGCUGUGAAGACGGUUCCAUUCAAGUUUGGAAGUAUGGAUCUCUUUAUGUGGGUUUUCAUUUUCGCUUGAUAAUAUUUUUGAAUAGGUUAUCAAUUUCUACUUUUUUUUUUCAUAUUUUCUCUUAUUUUCAGUACAAUGCACACUUAUUUGCUAUAUAUGUUGUCAUGAUUUUCAAAUCAAAAUGGAAUGGCCAACUGUUCCAUUUCCAUGAAUUAUUGAUAAUUUUCUUCAUUUCAAUCCAUCUUAAUUAUUUCUUUCUUUCUUGAUAUGAAGUCGAUUCCGAUUGUUCAGUUUUUUAAAGAGCUUAAUGUAACUUAACGAUAAAAAAGGCUUUUCGUUGCGAGAACUUCCCGAAAUUUCCAUUAUUCUUCUAAAAACCCCAAAAAGCAGCUGUAAAUUUUCUAUCGUCGAAUCUUUAAAAAAAAAUUCAACUUUUUUGGUUCUCAUUUUUUGGAAAAUAUCUUCUCUCUUUUUUCUGUCUACGGUAUUGAAACUGAGUACAAACAAACUCAAUUCAUCUUUUUUAAAUAAAUUCUUGAAAAUUUGGCUUUGAAGUAAAGAAAAAAAAAGUUAAGAUAUAUACUCACUCCUUAGAAAAUGUUCUUUUGGCUCUCUGAAAUCCAAAUUUUCAUGAUUUUUAGGUGAAUGUUCAAUACCUGGUGCGAAAGGCCCACAGUGGACCGGUCACUUCUUUGGCCUUCUCUCCGGAUUCCAAGAAAAUCCUUUCCCGAGGGCUGGACGACACUCUCAAGAUGUGGUCUAUGUCAAAUAAUAAAACGCCGUUACUCGAGAAAGGGAAUCUUUGCAACGGGUUCAAAAGGUUUGUUAAAGCAAAAACUUGUCGCUGUGGUGUUUUCGUAGGACUCUCGCGUUGAAUUUGUAGAAUACUAGUAAAAAAUGGAUAGAAUUUGACAAAUUCUUGAAAAGCAGUGGUUUUUUCGGGUUGGAGAAGUUCUUGUUGUUAACUCCCACUCGAUUGAUCUUUGAAAAUCGAAAACAAGUUCAAAAAAACUUGCGGCUGUCAUUCAAAAUAUGACCAAAUUUGAAUGUUCUUAUUUUUUUUCCCCUUUUCAUAUCAUCAAAUUUCAGUACGGACUGCGGCUUUUCUCCUAGAGCCGAACUCGUUUUCACCGGAACUUCUUCUCCGAAGCCCGACGUCCCUGGACAACUUUUGUUCUUCAAUCCGGAGAACUUCGAUCUGGUCUACAAGAUCGACUAUCCUAAAAGCGGUACCGUUUCCUCUUGUUGUAGAAAUAUUUCAAAAAACAGUUACAAGGGAUAGUUCUAAUAGAAAUCAAUUUCAAGUUUCAGUUGUCAUCAAUUAUUUUAUUUCGCUUUUAACGUCACAAAAUUGAGAGAGUAGGGGCUGAAAAAGCGUUUUUGAAAACACUUUUGACCAUCUCAAAGUUAAAAAACUCAGUAGGAAAAAGUUUUUUCUCACAUUCUUAUUUCUAUAAAGCACUUUAUUCGAUGAGUCUCUAAAUAACGACCAAAAGGGGGCAUGGUUUUAGGGAAGGUGGUCGGAAACGGUAAAAUGAAGGCAAAAGUAGCUGAUAGUUAAGAAUUUAGGAUAUUUGGAGGAGUUUUCUGAAACUUCAAAACUUAUCUUGUAGGUUCAUCAGGAAAGAAGUUAUUUGUUCACAGAAUUUCAGAAUCUGAUCGUUUUCCACUCACUUCUUUCCUAUUCAGUCGUGCACACGAGUCCACUGGCACCCGCGACUCAACCAGAUUCUGGUGGGCCUUUCCGACGGCUCGAUUCGCGUCUACUACGACCAGAACAUGUCGAAUCGCGGCGUCAUGCAAUGCGUCACCAAGCCCGUCAAGAGGAAUCGCGCCAUGGAGGUCGUUCGCGAGGAUAUGGUUCUUUCUCGUGAGUUCAAGGCAAAAAUGGUGUAUUUAAAAGCGUUUGUGAGGAGUAGGAAGUUCAAGGAAGUUUCUGUCCGAAAAGAAAUAUGUGACUUGAAAUCAGUUUAUCUAGAUCUUUCAGUCCCAAAAGCACUUUAAAUUUGAGAAAAAUCAAUAUUAUUGUGUUCUAGAUCUUGGAAGACCUAAUCGGUCUCAUGAAAUCUAACGAAAUUGAAGUUUUAAAGAGUUUUCUUAAGAAAUAACGCAUUUUUCAAAGUUUUAUCAUUUUUUGUAAAGCUGUAAUUUUGAGUAAAACGAUGAGCAAUGCAUUUUUAUAAUAAUCAGUAUUUUUGAAAAAAGAUAACUUCACGCCUCUUCUGAUCUUUUGAAGAAAGGCAGUGGUUCACUUUUUUUAAAACUAUAAAUUCCAAAAAGAGAAGCGUUAAAAAUGAGCCUUUUCCCGUUUUUCAGAAGAUUUAAAUACAAGAAAAGUUAUAGGAAAAAGCUUGAUUUUUCUGAAAUCACUUGUCAUGAAAUUUACACUGCUCUCUUUAAAAAAAUAUAUUUUUUUCAGCUCUCAGUUUGGAGAUGUUUCCAACCGCGUGGAGAAGAAGGCGAAGAGAAGGAGGUUCGCUUCAUUUUCUAUUAAUCAACAUGGAGAAUAUUUACUAUUAACAUUUUUUACUAUUCUACAUGGAAAAUAUUUGUAUUUUUGGCUUUUUUCGGGGCACUGUUAUUGAUAUUCGAAUGUUUUCAGGUCACUCCGUGGCGUAUCAAAAAGUAUUUGCGAAUGCAAGACAACAAACUGCGACCAGAGUUCCGCAAGCCGGCCGACAUGCCCAUGGACGGCAAAAGUGCCAAUGGACGAGGUUAUCUAUCGAAAAAAAUAAUUGUGGAAUUAAAAAAAUAGGACUUUCUCGAAACUUCUUGAAAUGUUUCAUUUCUUAAUGAAGGAAACUUUAAAUUUCAAUGAUGAACUGGAAAAAUAACCUUCGAAAGUAGAUUUAUCCCUUCAAUUUUUAUUGCAAAUCUUGAACAUUAAAAAAAGUAGCUAAAAAAAUAUUCAGAGUCGAUCUUCUAUCUUUCUAAAAAAAGUAACGUAUCUAUUCAUCUUUCAUCGGAAAAAAAUAAAAUGUAUGUUGAAGUAUUUUUCCUUGGAAUUCGAAACUUUGGGGGUUUUACUUCAUGAAAAUGAAGAAUAAGAGAAAAGCACAGAAAUGAGAGAAUAUUUUUCCUAAUUAUGGCUCUGAAAAUUAUUUUUUUAAAAGAAAAAAAAAGAAGAAUUUUUUUCACUGAUCACUUUUUCGGAAUAUCGAGCUGGAUUUUUAAAAAAAUCAUAGUCUAAAAACUUGCAAUAAUCACUGGUAAUUGUAUUCAUUCUUCCAGUGGCCGCCAGUGGUGGAACGUUGCAUUCGUACUUGGCCAAGCAGAUCGGAACGGCGAGAAAUAAAGAAUUCCUCCAGGACACCGACGUCCGCGCCAGUAUUCUGCGACACGCCAAGGAUGUAAGCCAUUUUUUUGUUGAUAGAAUUAGAAAAUUUAGAGAAUAAUAUAGUUUUUUGAAACAUGUUUACUGAAAAAUCUUGUAUGCUAUAUGAUCCAUCGGGCUUCUUAAAACAGUUUAACCUCUUUUCUCUCUCUUUUCUCUCACCUGCGCUCUCAUUAAAACAUCUCGGACUUCGGAACGCAAAACCGGACGUUUCUGAGCAUUUCUAGUGACUACUUUUCAGCGGCGUCAAAACUCUUAUGUGAUCGCAAAGAAGUUUUGAAAUGUGAAAAUUUUGGUUUUUCAGGCCGAGGAGAACCCGAUGUACAUCGACAAGGCCUACCGAAAGAAUCAGCCGAAGAAAAUCUUCCAAGAAACGACGACGGCCCCAGAAGAAGAGGAAGAAGACCAGGAACUCCAACCCCUUUUCAAAAUCCCUCGCAUGGGCUGA